AGGCCGAGCGAGGCUUCUAGUAAUCUCCCCUCAUGGCAAUUCGCAACUACAUCAUCUGUAAUCUAGCAUGACUAUGAUCAUGAUGGUGCAAGCAGUCCACAACUGUCCUUGCGUGCAAAACUAAAAAGUAAAAGGUACUUUGUUCCUCGUCGUGCUGUGGCGAACGGUAAAAAUAUGACGCGUGUUGAAAAUCAAAAUUCGCAAAGAACAAGGGUGCGACCAGUGGGGUAUGUGUUUUGUCCCGAGAAACAAGUGAAAGAUCUCGGUCUUCGAGAGUCGAAGGUGGAUGGAGGUCAUCUCGUGGCGGCAAGCUGUCCGCGCAGCGCGACCCCGAGAACCCCCCGACCAGUUGUGUCUGUCGACCGAGCGUCGCAGUCGCGCAGCAGCAAGGAGCGCGUGAGGCAAGCGAGGUUAAAUCACGACCUGGACCAGAUAAAAUGGAUUGGGCGACAGAAGAGAUGGUUGUCGGGGGCAUUGGGAGAAAUGCAGCCGCAACAUCAAGGGAUAAAGACUGGUAGCCCACGACGAACUCACGCUGCGGGCACGACUUCUACUAGAGGAGGUCGAGACAGGACAGAAGAUAGAGACAAAUAUAGAAGAACGACUCCGCGACCGCGUUCAUCUGGUGAAAUAAAGAAAAAGACCGGAGCUCCUGAGCAUCGCGGCCCUCCUAGAAGCAGCACGAUAAUUGCAUCCACGAAUGUAUCAACCGAGAAACAGAUCCGCACGAUCGUCGCAACGCGAAAUCGAGUACAAGAAAAUUGUUCGCCUCGCUGCUCUACCAACGAAAACGAUCAAGGUUUGAGCUGCGUAUCCGUGUCGGGAAGUUGUAAACGUGAUUCUUCCGAAUUACAGCAGAAAUUGCGCGAGGAGGAUGAACAGGUACAGGAGGACAUCAAACAUAGUUGCCCGGUAAAAGCACAAGUGUUCGACAUGAAUAUGGGAGACGAUGAUCAUAUUGAUACUCAGAGUAAGAAAUCACUUGCGGCUGUCGACCAAGAGCAAGCAGACCACAACACAGUUCCAGUGCUCGUUCCAACUAUUCGUGCCAGCGAAAAUGAUGAUGUCGACAGGGACACUUCCGCGAGAAGUAGAAGUAGAGCGCCACAACAGCGUCCAGCAGAAAUUCAGGUCGUGCCUGCUACGACGGGAACUGUCAUUCCGAACAUCCUUUAUUUUUCUUCCGCACGGCUCGACGAGGGAGAGGACUACUUCACUCGGAACAGUAGUAGUACUUUCUCUGCGCAGCUAUUAGUGUCGAACGCUAGAAAGGAAAGCAAAAGCAGCACCUAGCAGUGUAGACAGGUCAACACAGCCUCUCUUUUCUCGCUGCGAUGAGCAGCAGCAGUGCGGCAUCAAACCAUUCGGUGCUUUAUUUCGAGGCGGCCUGGAACAAUUAUCGGGGAACAAGAAGUUCUCACACCCGAAUCUUUUGACGGAGGAGAAUGACAGGCGGUUGCGUACCGCCUUGCAACAACUCUACCUCGGCACCGCCACCGGGUCAAGGCUGCUGCAGCAAGUGGGUCUAAAGGCGGCCAAAAAGCGACCGGUUUCACCUUAUCUACGGGGAUGCACAGAGAAGAUGCAAAGCCGCUUUGUGACGCCGAGGGAUGGCUUCGAGAAUAGCUAGAUUGAUAGCUUUUGGCGAUCUUCCGCGAAUGGGACUGUGAAAUAAACGUCGUGCCCACGUUUUGUUUUGCACAUCACAUAUGACGUACACGUAAGCAAAUGUCAUUCAUUCCAGUAGUUUACUGUAGUUUGCGAUUUUAUCUGCUGCCUGUCUAGAUAUCGAUGCAUCGAGCACUGUACAACAAGAAAAAACAAAAAUCUAUGCGUCACUUAACAUCAGAAUCACUAAAUAAAGGAAUUUUGUCAAUGUCUAAACGCCACUUCACCCUUGUUGCGGUAUUGCAAAAGCUAGUAGCUGCUUGUGUGUGUGUGUUCUGGCUAGUUCUUUUGCAGAAGGCUGCAAAAGCAGUGAUCCUCCUUUAAUGCAACGUGAAGC